CUGAACGGUUUCCGGUUAGCAGUAUAGUCUACCAAACCAGACAGGAUAUGUUAAACCACACAUUUUCUUCAAAUGAUUUUUCUUCAAUUCCUUCCGAAAACUCAAAUCCGUCUCUGAACUUAUUUUGCAAAUUGAUUUACAAUGUUGAACACUGAAUUUAGCUUCUUGCAACCAAAAACUGUGCCCCAGAAAUAGCAUCUAAGAAAGUAUACACUUGCCAGAGUGUAUGCAAGCGCAACACGUGAGUUCACUCGAGAGCAGCAACAACAGUUCGCCAACGUCUCAGACAGAAUAAUGUUUUUGUAUCUUCACAUGCGGUGCACCCGCAGACGGGGUACAGCGAGGGGAAAAAACCGUGAUUCGCAAAAGUGCGGAUGGGACUGGAAGGAUGAGGAAGGAACGGCUCUCAUAUGAUGAGCGCAUGUCGAAGUUGUACUUUUCAACUGAUUAAUAACAAAAACUUUGAAAGGUAAUAGGUAUACCUAGGACCUAAUAUAAACUAAACUGAAAUAAACUUCCUUUUUAUAAACCAAACUGAAAUUAUAUACAGGUAUCAAAGAAUUAAAAAUGAAAUGAAUUUUUUUUCUUAAACUGAAGGGUUAAAAUUCAACAAGCCUCCGUCCGCAAAAAAGUAAGCAAAACCAAGAGCUGAAUGCCAUCAUCUCGUGAUUGCUCGUGCUCUCCUUUUUAGCGCAGGAUCACGUCUCGUGCAGCAAAACCGCCGGGCCGGACCGGGAGGUGAAUCACGUUUUUCUCUCUCCUUACUGAUACUCGAUGGCUGCCCGCUCGCCUCUUCCUUCAACUCAACCAACAGACCGACUGACUAGAGCUGAGCUGUUGAGAAAUUGAGUUUAGUCGGUCUGUUUAGCGGCGUCCAUUGACAAAACAAUUUGCAUCCUUCCUUCCUUGUGGAUGAUGGUGUGUAUUUUGAUUUUCUGAAUUGAAGUUUAUUGAUGUUUUCGAUUAGUGUGGUGUUUGGUCUAGCGGGGAACGGAUGCUAGAGCUCUAGCGUCGUCUUCAGCAUGUCUGAAACGAUUUCUCAGAACGGAGUAAAUUUGCUUGCUGGAACCGACUGUGAAAGUAGUCUGGUGCUGGACUGUGAUAGUGUUACUUUGAAGGAAAUUUCGGUGGAUGAAGAAUUUCCGGAUCCGUUGAACGGUGACGAAGAAUUUGUAGAUUUUGUGCGCCUGGAAGGAGAUUCAUUUCUCAUUGAUGGUGUCAGUAAUGUGGACGUGGAGAGCUUGUUGUUGGAUACUUCGUUAUGUAAUAGGCCUGCCCCGAAUGAAAAGCCGACAUCGAACGUAGCAAAAGCGGUGGGUGGUGGGUGGAAAAAUGGGACACACAAUGUAGCUCCGGGCACAGAGAGUGAGUCUGCCGGCGGCUUGAAGUGUCACAUUUGUUUGUUUCGUUUCAAAAUUAAAGCCCACCUAACGAGACACAUGCUACUAGAACACAAACGAGAGACUUCACCUGACAGGGUAGAGAAAAUUUACAGCCGUUGUCGCCGGUGCAAUCAGAUAUUUCCAACCACAUUGCUUUUGCAAAUUCAUCUGCGGGAAAUCCACAAAUCUACACUGCCAUGUGAUAUUUGCCUGCGGCUAUUCGACAGCCAAGAGUCUCUUGCGCGCCAUCGAAAGUUUCACGUGGGAGAUAAUCCUUUCGCCUGUGACGUAUGCAACAAGCAGUGCAAAAACUCUAGCCAUUUGCACUUUCACAGAAGAACGCAUUUUACGGCGGAAUUUGGUUACCGGUGUCAGUACUGCGAUCGACGCUUCUCAUCCAACGGAAACUGCCGCAAACAUAUUGCCAGCAUUCAUACUAACGAGAAGCGAUACAAAUGCACCAGUUGUCCCGAAGCCUUCAUCUACCCGAAACAACUUAAGGUACAUCUAGCUGAGAAGCACAAUCCACAAAACUUCUCAUGCGCUGAUUGCAAUCAACCAUUCCAAACAUCCAAAGACCUUAAAGAACAUAGGGCCAAAGUCCACUACAGCAAAGAUCGACCCCAUGCCUGCGAUCAGUGUCCGUCCAGAUUCAAACAACGGGGUCACUUGAAAACUCAUCUGCUAACCCACUCAGGCGAACGACCCUUUGGUUGCAAUCGGUGCGAAAAACGCUUUCUCACCGGACAUGAUCUCAAGGUUCACCAGCGGGCACGUCACAGCACGGACCGGCCAUUUCGGUGCAGCCUGUGCGGCCAAUCGUUUCUGGUUCAGUACCUGCUGAAUCAACAUCGGAAAAAAGUGCACAUCGAAGACAGUGAUUAAACCAAAAAAAAAAACAGUGUUAAACUUGUAUGCAUUAAAUGUUUCCUUAUUGCGACAAUAAUAAAUUUAGAA